CCGUUAAAAACAUACAGCGAAGGGAUUUGGUCCGCAAAUUGCACUUAGGUAGUUUUUAGACUUAAUGCAUCCUAUAAAAAGUCAUACAUUAAAAUACCAAACACAAUUUAAAGAUCAAAGGACGGGAAGAAACGAAAGUUUACACGCGUGAUAUAAUGUGAUAUGAGUUAGAGUUUACCUUGCACUGUUAUGAACAGAAAUACAACUGAGACCACAACGAAUAAUGACAAAGAUGAUGGUAAAGGAAACAUAGUUGUGAUUAUAGUUAUCACAGUGAUUGUUGUAAUCUGCAUAUCAGUUCUUGUUGUUUUUCUGUUGCGGGUCCAGAAAAGGCGAAAAAGGCGAAGACUGACAAAAUGCGGUCAUCUUGUUGCAGACCAUUCAGUUGAGCUUAUACGAAAAAGGAAUAUAUAUGUAACAGAUGAACAUUUGAAAAGAAAUGAUGAUACAAUAAAUAAGGGCUCAUUGCCAAGUAAUUACAUAAAGGUUGCUCCAGAAAGUAAAAACAAGCUACUAAAGGGUAAUCUAGAAACUUCAAGAGAACAUAUAUAUACAGAGCCAAAUAUUGCUCUUGGUUUAACAACAGAGAGUACUCAGCUUGAUUACGAGUAUGCUUAUUCAGCAUCACAAGAGCAGUCAGAGGAAAACCCGUUGUAUCUAUCUGGUGGUGAAAUUACUUCAAGUUUCAGGUAUAAACAAAAACUAAGAGACAAGAGGAUGGAAAAAGCUGCAGAUAAUAUAAUUUAUAAAGCAUCAACAACGCAAGAUAAUUAUGUUGAUAUGUCAUGCCCUGAGCAUGCCAUUUAAUUGCUAUUAUUUUAUAAAAUGUUUAUUUUUAUUAUAUUAAUAUCCGAUUUUUAAAAGUUGCAAAAAAAUUAUAGUUUAGUGUUACACGUAUGACAUGGGUGGCAGUUUUACACAUUACACAAGCUGUUGAAUUUAAUCGAUUCUUUUUUAUGAAAUAUGAGCCAUAACUCAAAAUGAUGUUUAAAUGUUUUUAUGGUCAGAGUGAUAUUUAAUGUGUAAUACACAACGCAUGUAAACAUUUCAUUUAGACCUUAUUUGCUUAAUUUCAAUCAUUUGAAUUGCUCUUCAUGUUUUUUGCGCAUCAAAAGCCAUUUAAUGACUUCUUUGAAAACAGCUAAAAUUGGUCUAAAAACAUGCCAUACAAGUGUCAAGUCGUCAUUUCAAUUUGAGUUAUAAGAGUUUUAUUUCAAGCAAGAAUUACGGUUUUAAACGAAAAGCAUGAUUUUUAUACUGCUGACUUUGCUAGAGCACUUUGCUAGAGAACUUAUAUCUCUUUCAGCACGUACUUACAUGAUAUUUUGUUAUGUAUCCAAAUGAAACAAGUAAGUAUUUUAAACAAGAAGCAUAUUUUGUCUAUUUUGCAGAACCAGCCAAAUUGAAUCCUUUGUUUGGGAUGGGGGACAAAGGUUCUUAAUUUGGUAAAUAGACAAGACAAUUUUAAAACGACUGUGGUUGCCAAGAUAUGAAGAACAGAUUGAAUAAACCCACCCCAGAUAUAAGGACACUGAAAAGCUCCGGCAUGAAUUUAAGUCAUUCCAAUACUAUAAAAUUUCAAUACCAUAAAUUCUUGAUUUUAAUUGUUUUCUUACUCUAGUUGUAAAUUUCUUGACAUGCAGCCAUAAAGGUGCAUUUACUAUGCUUCAUGGCUUAAUUACCUUAUUAGUAGUAUUUUUAAUCCAGACAUACUCACGAUGCACAUAGGAAAGGUGCAUUUACUAUGCUUCAUGGCUUAAUUACCUUAUUAGUAGUAUUUUUAAUCCAGACAUACUCACGAUGCACAUAGGAAAGGUGCAUUUACUAUGCUUCAUGGCUUAAAUACCUUAUUAGUAGUAUUUUUAAUCCAGACAUACUCACGAUGCACGAUAGAAUUAGUUUUAUAUUUUUACUUUUUAGACCUAUUUAUUUUUAUAAAACAUAUUUUUAUAUACUUUACAUUUUUAAUAUUUACAAUCGUAGUUGUAGUUAAUGUUUUAUAAAUCAUUACGCAGAAAAGUAUAAACAACGUUGCUUAAAAAUCUCAGUUUUUGCCAAACGGUGAGUUAACUUCCAACUGCUCAGAAAUAUUUCAGUUUAUCAUUAUAUCAAAAUAGUCAUAUAUUUUUCCUCUUUAUCAGCACAAAUUACAUUCGAUUAUUGUACCUUUUUUUUUAGCAGAGAAUAUAAUACAUACAUGUUUUUCUGACUAUACAAAAAAAGCGAAUUCACAUUUAUGUAUAAAUAUAUUUUUGACAUGUUAUCAUUUGUGAUACUUAAAUUGUAGUAUUUUUAUGUUAAUUUUAAAUUUUAUUUUUAUUUAAGGAGCACAGGGAAGCACUAAUACUU